AUGGGCCUUUUCAUUAAGUUCAGCCACGCACUGGCAGUCACAGCGCUGGCUAUUGGAUUCUACUGCGCUCCCGCUUGGUGUUCUGACGUUAUUAAGACUCACGGUAUCGCGCCAUCUUCGCCACUUGCCGAAGCUCUUAAACGCGUACCUACUGAUAAUGCGGCAGUACGCGACCUCAGUAACGCUGCGUUUUCAUCUUCACUAUCUCCGACUGAGCGCCGCGACGCCCUCGUUCAGCUCGGAGAUAUGUACUUUUAUGGCAACCGCUCGCUGGCGAUGCGUGUAAAUGGCACAUUGGCCUUGAGUCUGUACGCUGAAGCGGCGGGGCUGGGGGAUCCAAGGGCACAGUUUCACGUGGGUGUGGCGUUGAGCUACGGACUCUGGGGUUUUCCACAGGAUGAAGCCGCCGCAAUGACGCAUUACUACUUUGCAGCUUUGGGUGGAGAAAUCGGCGCUUCAAUGGCUUUAGGACACAAACAUUUGCUAGGACUUGGCACUCCUAAGAAGUGUGAAUCAGCUGUGCGCUACUACGAGGUGGCGGCUAAUGAAGCCGUGACGAGGCGGGAGCAGAAUGCAAAGCACCCAGCACUCUACGACGUGUCGCACCGCCGAUUGAAGAUUGUGUCGGAGAGGCAGCACGAAAAGAGCUUACCCGGCGACAGCGCUAUCGUUGACUUUUAUCAUCUAUCGGCAGACAAAGGCGACCCCGAUGCCACACUGAACUUGGCCACGUUGUACUAUUACGGUGCGCGUGGAGUAGCACAAGACUUGGAGCGCGCAGCAGUGCUUUUCCAGAAAGCGUAUGAACUGGGAGCUAGCGGAGGAGCGUAUUAUCUCGGACACAUUUACAGUCUUGGAAUUGGAGUUGUGCAAAGUAAUUUUAGCGCGUUCAAGUACUUGCAGGAGGCGGUUAACGAGGGCAACAUAGCUGCGCAGAACGAGCUGGCACACGUGUAUUUUGUUGGAAAAGGUGUUAAACCGGACAAGGAUCGGGCGCUGGAGCUUUUUUGGGCUGCAGCCAAGCAAGGCAGCAAGGAGGCCUUCUACAAUUUGGGCGUCCUCUACAUGCAUGGUGGAGGAUCAAAGAGCGCUAUGGAGCGCCCUGAAUAUGGAGUCGCGCAUGGAUUUUUUCAGGUAGCUGCACACCAGGGUCAUACCAUCGCUAGCCACAAGCUUGGCCACAUGAGUCUGCAUGGUAUCGGCACAACUCGCUCUUGCAAGAAUGCCGUCGAUUCGUUUAAAAUGGUGGCGGAGUGUGGAGAAUGGGAUCGUGUGCUUUUCGAGGCUUUUAAAGAUUUUAAGCACCAGGACUACGAGGCUGCUUUUAUGAAGUAUGCUGUGAUGGCGCUGCAAGGCUACGAGAUCGCUCAGCACAAUGCUGCGUAUUUGUUGGACUACAACUUCUUGACACCAUCUACAUUCUCGCCACUGCUGUCGUUGACGCCUUCAAACAUGAUACUGGAGGAGAAUGUCGCGGCCUCUACUGCUGUGAUGUUGUAUAAGCUGGCAGCGCUACAGGGUAAUGUAGAUGCACACUUAAAGAUUGGCGACUACUACUAUUAUGGGAAAGGAGGGCACCCGACGGACUUUGUCAAGGCCAGUGCGCACUAUUUUCUUGCUAGCAAGCGGUCUAAUGCACAGGCCAUGUAUAACCUUGCGCUAUUGUACGAGCACGGAAUUGGCGUAGAUCAAGACUUUUACCUGGCGAAGCGCUUCUUUGACAAAGCACGUCAAGCCCACAGCGAUGCCAAUGUACCGGUAAUGCUUGCAAUGUGGAAGUUGCAAGCUCAUCAGUCGCUUUGUCUAUGGAAAAGGUGGUGGAAUGAGUUUGUAGGCAACGUGCCGCCGUCUACAACGCGAGAACCUCGUUCGUCAAUUUCACGAGCUUUUACCGCGUCAAACAGUAAGAGAGAUGGAGAUGUUGGCGCAGAAACAACACUGGAUUCCUUGUUUGCUUCGCUGGAUGCGUGGUGGCUUGACGACACAAAUUGGAGUGCCGAUGCUUUUGCGCAGGACACGUUGUCUCUCGUGGGUGAGGUGUUGCAAUCUGACAAUUUUCUUAUCUUUGUAUUGACGAUUGCUCUCUGCGUCGUUGUUUACAUUCGCUCUGAGCGGCAAUAUGUACAAGCGCCACGUCCGCAUUUGCCGCCGCAAUAA